AGUCCUCACCUUUAACAUUCUGCUCUUUGAGCUGGGGUUGACGAUCAGCAUGGGCUCUUCUUUCCACCAGGAGUCUUCUGAUGCCUCUGCAGCGGCCUCUUCCUUCAGCAUGAAGGAAGACAAUAACGAAGUUGAGUUGCAGUGGGCGGCCAUUGAGAGACUUCCUACUUUCCGGCGGAUAAGGUCGUCAUUGUUUCCGAGCGAUGGCAAAGAAGAGAGAGAGAGGGAGGUGAUAGACGUUACCAAGCUUGGAGCUCCGGAACGCCAGGUUUUCAUUGAGAGAUUGAUAACCAGAGUCGAGGAGGACAAUCUCCGGCUCUUGAAGAAACUCAAAGAAAGAAUGGAAAGGGUGGGAUUGGAGCUGCCGACAACCGAAGUGAGAUACCAGAAUCUGUGUGUGGAAGCAGAAUGUGAAGUAGUUCAAGGGAAGCCCCUCCCCACUCUAUGGAAUACCAUCAGAGGUGUCUUCUCUGCUGUGACAAACGUUGGAAGAUGCAACAUGCAACGAAUCAACUUUAAAAUUCUCAAAGAUGUCAGCGGUAUCAUCAAGCCUUCAAGGAUGACUCUAUUGCUUGGUCCUCCAGGCUGUGGGAAAACAACGUUGUUGCAGGCACUUGCAGGGAACCUCAAUCCGUCUCUUGAGGUGACAGGGGAAAUUACGUAUAAUGGUUACAAGCUUUCUGAGUUUGUUCCCCAGAAAACAUCAGCAUACGUAAGUCAAUACGACCUGCACAUUUCUGAAAUGACUGUAAGGGAGACGCUUGACUUUUCCGCACAUUGUCAGGGUAUUGGAAGCAGAACAGAUACAAUGAAAGAAAUCAGUAGAAGGGAGAAGCAAUUGGGAGUCAUACCUGAUCCAGAUAUAGACACUUACAUGAAGGCAACAUCAGUAAAGGGAUCAAAAGGAACUCUCCAGACAGACUAUACAUUAAAGAUCCUCGGACUAGACACUUGUGCUGAUACGAAUGUGGGAGAUGCCAUAAACAGGGGGAUCUCGGGCGGUCAAAAGAAAAGGCUUACUACAGGGGAAAUGAUAAUUGGUCCAACAAAAACUCUGUUUAUGGACGAAAUAUCAAAUGGCUUAGACACCUCCACGACUUUUCAGAUUGUUACCUAUCUACAACAAAUGGCACACAUAACAGAUGCCACAGUCAUAAUGUCACUUCUUCAACCAGCACCAGAGACAUUUGAUCUUUUUGAUGAUAUUAUUCUAAUGGCAGAAGGAAAGAUUGUGUACCAUGGGCCACGCAGUAAUGUUCAAGAGUUCUUUGAACAUUGUGGUUUCAGAUGCCCGCCACGUAAGGGCGUUGCUGACUACCUGCAAGAAGUAAUUUCAAAGAAGGAUCAAGCUCAGUACUGGUAUCAUAAGGACCAUCCUUAUAGUUACGUUUCUAUUGACAAGUUCAGAGCUGCCUUUAAAGACUUCCAUGUAGGACAGAAGCUAGAUGAAGAACUCUGCAUUCCUUUCAAUAAAAACGAAAGCCACAAAAGCGCUCUAUCAUUUAAGAUCUAUACAUUGAAAAAAUGGGAAUUAUUCAAAGCAUGCAUGGCCAGAGAAUGGUUGCUUAUGAAGCGGAACUCAUUCAUUCAUAUCUUCAAAACAGGACAGCUAGUUGUAAUUGCACUAAUAACCACGACACUGUUUAUACGCACCCGAAUGAAAGUUGAUAUGGUCCAUGCGACCUACUACAUGGGUUCCUUGUUUUAUGCUCUUGUAAGACUAAUGAGCAAUGGGAUCGCAGAGUUGUCAUUCACUGUUUCCAGACUCGCAGUGUUCUACAAGCAAAGAGAUUUAUACUUCUAUCCAGCAUGGGCUUAUUCAAUUCCAGCUGCUAUUCUAAAGAUUCCAUUUUCAUUGAUAGAUGCUUUUCUUUGGACGGUUCUGACAUAUUAUGGGAUUGGUUACAGUCCUGAACCACAGAGGUUUUUCAAACAAGUCCUUGUCCUUUUCCUACUUCAUCAAGUUGCAAUAUCACUAUUCCGCGUGAUCGCUUCAAUUGCUCGAAAUCCAGCUGUUGCAGCAACACUUGGCCCUUUCAGCUUACUGGUCUUAUAUUUAUUCAGCGGUUUUGCAAUUCCACUAGAAUCACUACCUACUUGGAUCAAAUGGGGCUUUUGGAUUUCACCAAUGGCAUAUGCUGAAAUAGGAAUCUCACUAAAUGAAUUUCUGGCUCCAAGGUGGCAAAAGCUAAUUCUAAUGAAAAGAGGAGGUCGCAUAAUAUAUUAUGGGGAGCUGGGUCAGCAUUCAAAUAAGCUUGUUGAAUACUUUGAGGGUAUACCUGGUGUGCCAAAAAUCAAAGAAAAUUACAAUCCAGCAACAUGGAUGUUAGAGGUCACAAAUCCAUCCGCAGAAGCUCAACUUCAAGUAGAUUUUGCAUCUCUCUACAAAGAAUCCCAUCUGUACAGGAGAAACAAAGAACUAGUCAAAGAACUGAGCCUUCCAGCAGAUGCUUCUGAGGAAUUGUGUUUCCCAACUCGCUUUCCACAAAACGGAUGGGAACAAUUCAAAGCAUGCCUCUGGAAACAACACUUAUCCUAUUGGAGAAGUCCCACAUAUAACUUAGCACGCCUAUCAGUGGUUACUGCAGCAUCUUUGUUAUACGGAGUGCUACUCUGGCAGAAAGGACAGAAAAUAGGUACCGAACAGGAUCUUUUCAACAUAAUGGGAUCAGUGCAUAUUUUCAUGAUAAUCAUUGGGGUAUCCGGUUGUUCGUCUGUGAUGCCAUUCGUAGGGACUCAGAGGACUGUUUUCUACCGAGAAAGGUUUGCUGGAAUGUACUCCUCAUGGGCAUAUUCAUUGUCUCAGGUGAUUAUUGAAAUUCCAUACAUCUUCCUUGAAGCAGUUUUGUUUUCGAUGAUUACAUAUCCAGCAAUAAACUUCUAUAAGUCAGCCUACAAAGUGUUAUGGUUCCUCUACGCCAUGUUUUGUACCUUGCUAUACUUCAAAUACUUAGGCUUGAUGCUUGUUUCAUUGACUCCAACUUCCCAAGUGGCAGCAAUAUUCGCAAGUUUCUCCUCUACGCUACUAAGUUUGUUCUCAGGGUACCUCAUACCAGAACCACAAAUACCUAAAUGGUGGGUUUGGGCUUAUUGGAUUUGCCCGUCUUCAUGGUCCGUGGAAGGGAUUGUUACUUCACAAUAUGCAGAUGUGAACAAGGUAAUCACAGCAUUUGGAGAGCAGAAAACAAUCAGUGCCUUCUUGGAAAGCCAGCAAGGGUAUAAACAUCAAGAUUUACCCAUCAUAGCAAUUGUACUUCUUGCUUUCCCACUUUUCUUUGCAUCCAUUUUUGCAUACUGUAUAUCUAAACUGAACUUCCAAAGGAGGUAAAGAAAGAAUGCUUAAUAUGAAGAGUUUUAAAGACAAAAUUUAUCCAAAUAAAAGAAGAGUUACAAU